UCAAAAGAUUAAAUGGACAUCUCAGAAAUUAAAUAUGCUGGGGAAUCCCCUACAAACAUGUAAUUAUUGAAAAACUAAAUAAAAUCUGGCUUUUAAAUAUAUGGCUUGAACAGAUUUCGCCAUUGGCAGCCGUCAAUGUCAAAUGCUGCCAACUUAGUUUCAUAUCGAUUCGAUCUGUCAGUGUACGGGGAACGGAAACGGAACGGGGAAGGAAAAAUGGAAAAAUAGUCUUACCUUUUGCGUUGAAUUCAGUUACGUUAUCCCCAUCACCAAACACUACUUAUAAUUCAAUCCGAACGCACAUCAAAAGCUUUUAGCAAUAAUGAGAUAAUAUCCCAUGAACAUCGGAGUCGGAGGCUGGGAUCGAAGGCGCGCGCCAUGACGCGCCCAGGUCCUCCCAAUGAGAACUUGCCGACGGUAAAAUUGGUGGUGGUAGGUGAUGGCGGUGUGGGCAAGAGCGCCAUCACCAUCCAGUUUUUCCAGAAGCUAUUCGUGACGGAUUAUGACCCUACGAUCGAGGAUUCCUACAUACAACACACAGAAGUCGACGGGCAGUGGUGCAUUCUCGAUGUACUGGACACAGCGGGCCAAGAGGAGUUCAGCGCGAUGCGCGAGCAGUACAUGCGGAAGGGCGACGGCUUCCUCCUUGUGUAUUCAGUCACGGAUCCGCAAUCCUUCCGUAAUCUACGGCGGUUCCACACACAGAUCCUGCGCGUCAAAGACAGGGACACCUACCCGAUGCUGCUGGCCGCCAACAAGGUUGACCUGGUCCACGUCCGCGCCGUCAGCGAGGAGGCUGGGCGAGAUCUCGCUCGCUCGCUCAACGUGCCGUACAUUGAGACCAGCGCUAAAGAACCGCCGCUGAACAUCGAGCGGGCUUUCCACGAGCUGGUCCGUAUAAUCCGCAAGCACCCUCAGCAGGAAGAGAAAGACCGACGUCGCCGGAAAUUCGGAAAAUGUACGCUGCUCUGAGAUCCAUACGUGAAUAACUUCAGGAGGAUACCCAAAAGAAAGUUGAAUAGCUGCGAGUACAGAACAAAUGUGUAAGUCGCGGGAAGUUUCCAAAAAGAGAAAUGUUUCAUUCUCGUAAAUUUCAAACUCGGAACAAGUAAUAAAUAAAGGGGAGUGGAAAAAUUUCUUUCCCAAAAAGAAAAAGUAUUAGAAAAUAAUAUCAUGAGGAAAUAUCGAAAUUAUGGAAACUUCAUUAGUUGAAAGUAAUUUUACCUGAAAUUCUAACCUAUUUUAACUUGGAGGAUUUAACAACUAGAGGCGCCUUAUUUUGUAAACAAAACAGCCUGCCGAUUUUGCGGGGGUGGGGCACGUCAGAUAAACGUCAGUCCAUACAAUACAUAUGACCGGCGGCCGAGGUUUUCGACAGAAGGGUAAGCUCUUAAAGGCAAAGGCGACUCCAGUUGUUAAAUCAUCUAAGUACAUGCACAUGAUGUUAAUAAGAAUAUAAAACUUGAAGAUGUCGAGAGAUUAUUCGACUAAAUUAACGUGAGUAUUAAUCCGUUCAAAUAAUCUUAUUAAUUUUGCGCUUCACGGAAGAUCAACUGCGCUUUAAGUGGCCUAAGUCUAGGGUUGCCAUCUCUAAAAUUUGGAAACCAGGACAAGACGCGUGAAAACCCCGGAUUUUAGAGUCCAGAACCCGGACAUGUCAACAGGUUUUUUUAAACAGGUUGUGCGUGGGUCGCGGGCGGCCUGAGGCUUAAAAUUUUUAAACCCGGACUACAAAUGAAGUCCUCCCCGGACGCCCUCUAAACUAGGAAAAAUCCGGGGAAACCCGGACGGAUGGCAACCCUACCUAAGUUAGACCUUUAAAAUGAAGUAUCCUUAGUAAAAACUUAGUAAAAAUAAAUGCUACAACUGAAUACAGAACCUUCUUGAAAUUAAAGUUGGUUUAAAAAUGUGCUUUUUGUAAAUCCAGCUGUAUUUGAAACUAUAUCUAAUGUUAGAAAUAGUAAUGUCGGUUUUCCAUUUGAACAAAGAAACGAGAUCCCUUAAUAUGAACAGUUUUAAAAAUAGAACUGUUUAUAAAUAAGAAAUUGUUAAGUGGGUGAAUCAACUUUUUUUUUUUGUUAUCCUGUCCCGUUGUCCAAGGGACAACAGUGGCACAGUUUGUAUGAAGAGACGUUGUAUGCCGUUCUAUUAACAUGCUUAGUAGGGGGCCCAUUAUGGACAUUGGUUAUAACGACCACAAAAACGCAAGUUUGAUACAUUUAAGUACCAUAAAAUCAGUAUUUCAAUGAACUUUUGUCCCCUGGACAACUAAUCGUAACCAUGGCAACGAGUGACGCUAAAAAGUUGAUUCUCCCAAAUAUGUGGAUGUAUAUUUAUGUAAGCGAGUCGGAGAGACGAAAAACCGUUGCAGUUAUAUUUGUUGGUUGAUCGUAGUCACAAAUGCCAAGCAUUUAUUUAUCCAAUGCAGAGACCAGUAAAGAAUAAUGAUUGCUGAUUUCCGUAUAGUUGCGCUACUUGCGAACCUUAUAGUAAUAUGUUGGGCAACUUUAUAUGGCGACUACCAAUCUUUAUUUUUUAUUUGUCUCUGUCCAAAGUUUAGUUUGUAAGCUAUAUAAAGGAUUUAUUGAAAAUGCAUUUGCAUUUUAUUUAUUUUUAAUGUAUAAGAAUAGAUUGGUUUGUGUAUAAAGUAGAUAUCAAACCGAAGCGCAAAUCUAUUAGCGUUUUUAUUUCUGGAUACUAAAAUGACAGUUCGAUCUUCCGAAAUUGUAGCUAUAGUGUUGGUAACACGAGUCUUUCGAGUCUACAUUUGAAGAACUGGACACGUUUUUUCAGACUGCGCUAAAAACUUCUAAGUCUCGAGUUAAGUCUUAAGUCCCGAGUAGAGUCUAAUAUUGAGUCUUUUUUAUGCGCAAUUCAAAAUGACUCGAGCCUCGAAUAAAGACUAUCAACAAAUUUGUAGAUAUUAUCUAAAUACAAAUAGCAGAAAUGAAAAUGAGCGUAAUAACGCUCACAAUGAUACAAUACAAUAGUAUGAUUCUGCGCGGUUGAGCGGGUGCGAUGCAUGCCGAUUAAUUUUACAUGAAGAUUGCAUGUUGAUUUUUUACCUAAAAAGAGUUCUCUGAAAAGGACUCGAGUCUAUAAAAUAAUCGGGUCUCUAGCAAGUCAAAAUGAAACUUGAGUUUUGACUUAAUUUUAUAAGAGUAAAAACACAUUCGAGUCUAAAAGAGAGGACUCGAAGGACUCGAGUCUUAACAUUAUGUAGGACUGAUUUGUCAUUUUAGUACGAAAUUGGUGCAAUAUAGAAACAGAUAAAGAUAAGUGUUACAGAUUUUUAUUUAUUUAUUUAAAUAGUGCAAUAAUGCACACUAAAAAUAAUUACAAAUGGCGGACUUAACGCCUUAAGGCAUUCUCUACCAGUCAACCAUAGGGUAAAAGAGAAAUUCCCGAAUGUGGGUGCAGUGAAAAAAAUAAUUCGUAAAAAAAAAUUUACAAUUUUGGACAUUCUUAACAUUAUUUACAGAUAUAGAAAUGAAAUAUGUUAUGGAUAUAGUUUUUUUUGCACUCAUUGUAAAGCAUAAUAUAGACUGCAAUAUCGAAGAAAUAUACAGUAGCGGCAAAAUUAUAUUAUAUUGCUAUUUUUAUGCAGGCAAUGACCGCCUGCAUAAAAAUAAAAUUCGUGAAAUUAGACAUUAGAAUUAUCCUAGGUUGAUCGAAUUGUCGUUUUCAUUCGUCCCUGUAUUCUAAAUUUCAUCGAAAUCUCUAAAGCAGUUUUUGAGAAAUUACCUAGAAAAUUGUGCAAAUGAAUCUGAAUAAAUAUGAUAGAUUAUUUGCCGCUAAUGUAUGACUAACAAAAACGGUUAUUAAAACGCAAUACACAUAUGUAUUAUAAUUAAUUAGAUUGUAAAAAAACUAACUAUUAUACAUAACUUAUAUAUUUAUUUAACUAAUUGGUUCAAUGACAUCACAUUCGCAAUACUCCAAGGCUGAAAUUACCAAAAAUAUGUAACCUUGAUCUCUGACAAAUCAUUCGAGUAAAUAGGUGGAGUGUUUCUCUUUCGCUCUAACGCUGCGAGAGCGAAAGAGAGAGCAAGUAAACUCGGAUGUCUAUACGUCUACUGGUAUGCUUUAAUAGUUAUUUACGAUAGAAGUGCGAAAAAUAGGAAAUUCAAAACGAGUGGCGAUAAAUUAAAACACGACCGAAGGGAGUGUUUUAAAUCGACACGAGUUGCAAAUUACCUAUUCGCACAUGUAUCGUACAACGUUUUACAGUACAUCUAUCAAAUCAUCAAAUAACUAACCAUUUUUUUGGUAGACGUGUAGACACCGAAGUAUUCGCUAAGUUUAGAAUGUUGGGAGCAUAUUAUAUAAACGUGCGUGGGUACAGUUACAGUACCGUCGUCUAUUGUUAACUGACUAAUGGCAUAGAGAAAUAAGCGUUUGUUAGUCGUAUACCUCGAAAUCAAAAAAUCCUUGUAGCUUUUCACCUAUGCGCGUUUCACCGUGAUAGCGUAUUUUGUUGUAGCGUGUAAUAUCGGUGGUAUAUGUUGUUACUCGCAUAUAUUUUUAAUAGAUUUUUACAACAGUAGCAAAUUUUAAUGUAGCAUAUAUUUUCAAUAGCCUAUUCAGUUAGCCGCAAAAAAAAUUAGUUGCAUUUUACCUGGGUCGCAUAUUAUUCGUAAAAAAAAAUUGGCUAUAUCACUGGGAUAUAAUAAAAAUACGGUCGCUUAUUGACCUAAUUGUUACAGCCAUACAUUAACUAACUAACUAAGCUUUGGAGAAUUUGUUAUUUAGGAAAUCUACCUCUAAGGUUAGUCUACAAGUGCGAAAUUUAGUGCUUAAAGGAAAUGUCGCGAUAUGUAAUAACGCAUUAUAAAAUAUUAAUAAAUAUCUAUCGAGGUGAAAAGCGACUACAGUGAAGAAAGGCAGGGAAGUAAAUAUACUAUGAAUUUUAUACACCAUUGUAAUUGGCGACCAGAAAUCAUACUACAAGAAAAAAUAUCUGUUUAGAAAUUAUGAGAUCGCGGCGAAACGCGAAUACUUGAAAAGCUACAAGGAAUUUUUGAUUUCGAGGUAUAUGACUAACAAACGGAAAUAAGCAUAGAAUGCUCACUUUUCGUAGUCGACAUCUAGCGCCGAGUAGUGGAUUUAUCAGUACCGCUACUUGACACUAGAUGUCGCGUCCGAUGAUAAUUGUAUUGCUCAACAAUUUACAACUAAUAUUACAAGUAGAAACAGUUGAAAAUAGUGUUCCGGUUAAUGCGGUUAUAAUAUUACGUGAAAAUUGUUGAGCAUUAGACUUUUCGUUCGUUGCGACAUCUACAUAAUUAUGUCGACUACGAAAAUAAUAAGCGUUUUGGUGAUUUAUGGAGUGCUAUGCUCAGAUACUUAUUUUUCUAUGCUAAUGGCCAGUCAACAUUCUAAAUGUUGCUGUAAGUACAGUCGCCAUCAGAUAUAUCGGAGCGGCCGAGGUGCUCACAAAUAUCUGAACACGCCUCUAUUGUCAAGGCGUUACGGUGUUCAGAUAUUUGUGGACACCUCGGCCGCUCCGAUAUAUCUGGCGACUGUACGACCGUUUUCAGGAGUUUUUGUAUAACAAUAAACUUGUAUCCUAUAGAUAUAUUGUUACACGGCUACCAUGGAAAUGGGCAUUUUUAUUAAAUGUUAAACUUGUAUUUUAGAGUUUGGAAUUUUAUAUUAUUUCCACUCAAAAUUUUGAGUUCUUUCGACCCUUACGGGAAAAAAGUCUCCACACAAUUUUUUUUGUUUGUUUGUCCGUUUUGUUACGGUCAUAGAAGUUUGUAGGUAUUUAGAAUCGAACGUAACCAAACGGAAGAAAAAUACUGCGGACGUUUUACUCUAGAUAAGGAUGGAAAGAGCUCGGUGAUGAUGAUGAUGAUGGACGAGAUCCCAUACAGGGAUAAGUUCCUUUGUUGUAUUUAAUUUACUCUGUAACUGUAUUUUUCGUGUUUUUAUUUCUAUGUACAAUAAAGUAUAGACAUACUAACAUACAUUAUUCUGAGUAGAAAAAAUAUGAAAAUUCCCAAUUCUGAGAAAACUUUAAAUAUACUGAAAUACCAAAAUACACUAAAAUAAACGAGAUUUAAUAUGUUUGCGUGUGAUAAAAAUUACGAGGAAAUAUAGGGAACGUGCAUAAACUGUAGGAGGCAGCACAGGACACGUCAUAUUUUUGGCGAGUGGUGUAUAUUUGAAGUUUAUGCUUCCAAAGUAGCCCACAAGAUGGCAGAGCCUACUAUGCACAAGAAAACGUACAUGAGCGGUAGAUGGCAGCACUUACUUUGGCGUGAAAUGUCAAUGUACAUGUUUAUGGUUCCGAUUCAGGCCACAAGAUGUCAGACCGUCCAACGGACACGGUCCCUAUAAAGAAACAUUCCUAAAGGUACCUACAACCCACGCACGAUAGAUGUAGCACAUAAUUUAAACGAAAAGGAAUUGAAAUUGUUCAUAAGUGUUUUAUUUAAGGUGCCCGGCGCACAGUAUUAGAUAUAUCUGAGCGGUCACGGUGCUCAGAAAUAUCUGCACAGUGCUGAGUCGCCAUUAGAUAUAUCGGAUCGGCUAAGAUGCUCAAAAAUAUCUCAACAAGUACUAAUACGCAUUCACUUCGCGCAACUUGCUUCGCUUGUAGCCAAUAACACGUUUUUGCUUUGUAGCGAAAAGUGCUGUUGGUGGGACGAUGGGUCGCUAGCAGUGAACGUGUUAACAUCUUGAUAAUAGGUGAAAUAUAAAGAAAAAAAUAGCCAAGCCCUCCAGUAGGCGAGGCUGGAGUCGAAUAUAGUAUUGUGCCUACUGAGAAUCAAAUAUAAAUAUUUAAUAAAAAUAAUUUGAUUAUUUCCUUCUAUUAGCUUUCUUCAGAUAUUUGUGAACACCUUGACCGCUCCGAUAUAUCUGACGGCGUCUGGACAAUCGCCGCGAUAGUAAGGCUGGUUUAACCUUUUGAACGCCAGACGACAAAGGAACAUGCCGUGCCCCGGACGCUGGCUCUCACGAUUAUUUAAGCGAAAUUGAACUUUACAGAGUCCCGCGUUAGUCCCUAUUGCAUUGGCGAAACUGUCGGCUGUAGCCGUCGUUGGCGUCCUUGGCAAGUCAUUCAGAUGUCGGCCAUAGCCGACGGUGGCGGUCAAAGGGUUAAUGUCGCACUGACCGUCCGGUACGGAACGAUCCGCACUCACCGUCGGGUGCGGAACGAACCGCACCGACCAAUAUGUACUAAGGUGCUCCCUGGCGCCAAUUACCUUCGAUCUGAAUCCCUUAGUUUUCUAAUGUUUUUUGUAGCUUAUUAUAUUAUUAACAGCAACGGCUAAGCAAUAUAGUAUCCCACAUUUAGUUCAAAGUUCAUUGUCUUCGAGAUAUUUGCCAUCAAAGAUGAACAAUUUUAGGCCAAAAAUUAAUAUCUCUGACCAGUUUUUAGAAUCGUCAAAAACGAACCCAAAUAUGUAGAUUUCGUAUAUAAUAUAAGCUUCACAGCAAUCGACUAUCGAAAAAAGAUCGCUCCCCACCGACGAUCAGUGCGACACUAAAACCAGCCUAAGGUUUUCACAUUCGAUACGGAUCCGCUCCGGAGUGCGAGCUGUGCGCUAUACGUGUUGCUGCCUCGCUCACACACCGGAGCGGUCGCAUCGGUGCGAUAGAGUCGGACCAAGCUAACUCUGCAUUUGCAAUGACUAAGUGUGACAAUGUCAUUAUUAAUGAAAAAUUUCUAUAAAAAAGUGACGUUUAUAAAGCCACUACCUCACUUUGUUCUGUUCAAGUGAAAAGUUAGCUUAGACGGAUUCUAACCGCGUAGAUACGGUAGAGGCCGCGACACCCCAUUGCACAUAGCUUUACUAAACCUCGAGGCCCAAAGAGUCGGCGAAGAGAUUAAAAUUCGAAUCUAACUUUUAAAGUUUAAGGUCGUUUUUUGACUGGCAAGUUUUAGACCCUGUGGGUCUCGAGGGCUUAAAGCCUGCACAUAUUGGGCCAACGCUGGUUAAUCUAAGGGACGCAACCAUGCGGAAGAGCGCAUACCCAUUUUGAAGACAAUGUUUCACAAAGUUCUUUGUUUUUGUUGUUAUUUUUUUAUAUUGUGGCGAUGUCGUACCACCAACAGUUCUAGAGUCAGACCAAGAUAAGUUGGCAGCGAUUUUGACAGCCCAGACAGCGCAUGUGUUAUUUUAAACGUCAAACUUCUUUGAAAUUAUGACUUACUUAAUACUUGCACAGGCUGGGUUAUCAAAAUCGAUGCCAACUUAGCUUGGUCUGACUAACGCAUAACUGCGUCUUAUAGAUUUGUCAAAGUUAGCUCAAAGGCGGGCUUACUGUACAGUCGCCAUCAGACAUAUGGGAGCGGCCAAGGUGCUCACAAAUAUUUGAACACGCGUCUACAUAUAGCCAAGGCACUAGAGUGCGUGUUCAGAUAUUUUUGAGCACCUCGGCCGCUCCGAUAUAUCUGAUGGCGACUGUAGGUACGUUAAGCACAAAUGCCAUUUCAAGACUUAUUCCAUUGUAAUAUGGAUGUAGUUUGAAUGGCAAGCAUAACCCCUGUAUUUAGGCAAGUAGCACAGAAAUAUUGUACAUUGUUGUUAAUCUAUGUUUUAUAUGUUGUAACAUACAAUAAAUGUAGAAAUGUA